GCGAUGGUGGCUGCUGAUCUGAGAGACGAGCUGAGCUGCUCCCUCUGCCUGAGCAUUUAUACUGAUCCAGUAAUGCUGCCCUGUGGCCAUAACUUCUGCCGGGGCUGCAUUGGGGGGGUGCUGGGUACCCAGGAGGGGUCUGGGGCUUAUUCCUGCCCUGAAUGCAGAGCUGAGUAUCAGGAGCGCCCUGCCCUGCCCGGGAACAGAGCUCUGGGGAACAUAGCAGAGACGUUCCGUCCGACUGAGACAGAGCCGGGGGAGACUGGGAUCUUCUGCACUUACUGUCUCCUCUCUCCUGUACCUGCUGCUAAAUCCUGUCUCCUGUGUGAGGCUUCUCUGUGUGAUACCCACCUGAGGGGGCACUGCCAGUCAGCAGAACAUGUACUCACUGAGCCCACCGCUUCCUUUAUGGGGAGAAAAUGUUAUGUACAUCACAAGGUUCUGGAGUAUCACUGCUGUGAGGACUCUGCCUGUAUCUGUGUGUCCUGCUGCCUGGCCGGGGGGCACCGGGGCCACAGGGUGGAGCUGCUGAGUGAGGCCUCUGAGAAGAAGAAAGAGAAACUGAGGAAAGUUCUGGAGAAACUGAGCCCAGAGAGAGAGGAGACUGAGAGAGGAGCCCAGAAGCUGCAGGAUUGCAGGAGAGAAGUGGCAGAAGUGGCAGCCGGUGAGACAGAGAGAGUCACUGCCCUGUUUAGGGGCAUCAGGGAAGAGCUGGAAGCCCUAGAGAAGCGACUCCUGAGUGACAUCUCCAGGCAGAAAGAGGAGCUCUCAUUCACACUCACUGAGCUGAUCCAACAGCUGGAAAUAAAGAAGGACGAGCUGUCCAGGAAGAUCCGUCACAUUGAGGAGCUGUGCAACAUGGCAGAUCCACUCACUGUCCUACAGGAACAAUGGGAAUCACAUGAUGCUGCCUUUUGUGGGGCUGAGGGGGGAGACAGAAAGCGCAGAAAAAGAAAUCACAUAAAUGUCCCGGCUGUAGGGGAUCUGGAUGUGGGUCGGAUCUCAGAGACAUUACUCACAGGCUUAGCUGGGAUUGUGACUGGGGUAGAGGGAAGGAUCUAUGGGCAGGGGGCUACAGAGCUGGUACUGGAUAUAAACACGGCUGGGAAUCAUGUAUCUGUAUCAGGGGAUGGGAAAUCUGCUUCCUACUCACAUACAGACCAGCGUCGCCCACAAACCCCAGAGAGAUUUCAGGAUUAUCCUCAGGCUUUAAGCACCAGGAGUUUCCCCUCAGGGCGACAUUACUGGGAAGUGGAGGGCAGUGAAUCAGGGUACUGGAGGGUAGGGGCGGCCUAUCCCAGUCUAGAAAGGGAAGGGGAUCAGUCCUGCAUUGGAGAGAAUAACAAGUCCUGGGGUUUGUACAGAUGGAAUAAUAACUAUACAGUGAGACAUGACAGGAAAGACACACAGUUACCCCACGUCCCUUCCUGUCGGAGAUUUAGGAUCUUACUGGACUAUGAGGCCGGACGCCUGUCCUUUUAUGAGCUGAGUGAGCCAAUCAGGCACUUACACACCUUCACUGCCUCCUUCACUGAGCCCCUUCAUGCUGCAUUCUGGGUAUGGGGGGACGGCGCCUGGGUGAGAAUCAUUAGUUAGGGCACUACCCAGGGAAAUUUUCAAAAAAUCUGCCUUCACCCACUAAUUUCCUCAUUCCAUCCAUCAU